GUUUAAUGUGUAAUAGUGGAAGUUCAUCUGGGUACUGCUUAGCAAUAUAAAUAGUGAUGCAAGGAGCAAUCCAGAUCAGAUGAACACAGCAGGAUCCCUUUGACGAUAAUAAUUUGAAAGGAAAAUGAAUUCCGCCCUUGCUGUGUGUUUAUUACUUGCUGCUCUUUGUGCUCUUGUCCAUUGCCAUCACUUUCCUCAUCACCCCACCUGCGAGGAUGACCAUAAAGAUACAAAUCACACGGAAGAGCAUGCAUUGCUGAACCAGGCCUGUGUCAAACAAGGUACUAGCUAUGCGGACUUUACAUUUAGAUUCUAUAAGCAGGCUAUAUUAGCAGAAGCAGACAAGAAUGUGUUCUUCUCUCCCGUGAGCAUUGCCACUGCCUUUGCAAUGCUGGCAAUGGGUGCUAAAUCGGCCACUCGGACUCAGAUUUUUGAAGGAAUGGGCUUUAGCCUGACAGAGAUUCAGGAGGAGGAGAUACAUGAAAGUUUCCAUCAUCACAUCCACAUGAUGAAUUGUCCUAACAAUAAGAUCCAGACAAGUAUGGGAAAUGCCCUUUUCAUAGCGACCGAGUUUAAAGCACUAGAGAAGUUUUUACAAGACGUCAAAACCUUUUAUGAAACAGAAUAUUUUUCUACUGAUUUCCAUAAUUCAAAAGAGGCUGCAAAAAAGAUCAAUGGUUAUGUAGAGAAGAAAACCCGUGGGAAAAUUCCGGAACUAGUCGGCUAUCUUGAUCCAAACACUAUAAUGGUUCUUGUUAACUACAUUUAUUUCAAAGCCUCCUGGGAAAAUCCUUUCGAUCCUUUCCACACCCUCGAGGAAGAUUUUUUGGUGGAUGAGAAAACCUCCGUUAAAGUCCGUAUGAUGCGCCGGGAUACCGACUAUGAAAGCCACUAUGAUAACCAGCUGUCGUGCUGGCUGGUGCAGAUACCAUACAAUGGAAAUGCCAAAGCGUUAUUUAUUCUGCCUGACGAAGGGAAGAUGAAGCAGUUGGAGGCUGCUCUCUUGAAAGAAACUGUGUGUAAAUGGGAGAAAUUACUUCAAAAAAGGAGUAUUAAUCUGUACAUUCCAAAGUUUUCUAUUUCGGGGUCCUACGAUGUGAAAGUCCUGUUUGAGAAAAUGGGUAUUACUGAUGUGUUUUCUAGCCACGCUGAUCUGUCUGGAAUUGCUGGGACGUCCAACCUGCAUGUUUCAAAAGCUAUUCACAAGGCCGUGUUGAAUGUUCACGAGAAUGGCACCGAGGCAGCAGCAGCCACUGCAAUAGUAGUUAGCAAACUUCUUCGUCCUUCAAUUACCAUUAAAUUCAACAGGCCCUUUGUGGUGAUGAUUGUUGAUAAAGCCACCCUCAGCACAAUCUUCAUGGGGAAAAUCGUCAACCCGACUAUAAAAUAAUUGAGGAGUCACUGGACGCAUCAGUGCUUACGGUGGGCCGCAGCAGGCUCUCCUACAGACCACCAGGUGUCAGUGACCAUCCCUGAACUUUGAUUGACCUACAUUCACAAGCAAAUCAAACAUAUAUAUAGGAAUUUUUAGCCUAUAAGCAAUUGAGAUUUCUUCUCAAACAAAAUAGCUAAUGAUGUAUACCGCACGUGUAAUAACAAAUCACAGAUAAUCUGCAUAAGAAGGCUUAUCAUCUCUUUGCCCCAGUUUGGUAAUUCAGAUCAUACUAAUACAUUAUCUGAGUCCCUAGAAAAGCAGUCUUUAUAAAAGGCUUCUACUAGAUCCUCAUGUAAGAUGUAAAGUUUCCCAACUGAGUGGUGGUGUCCUGAAUGCCUUCAGUUCUGGGUUAUUCACUGGCAGCUUUAUCACCCUGGAAUCCUGGUAAUGAUCACGGCUCUGCCAGUCUGCCUCUGGAUAGUCGCAGCCUUGGGGUCCAAGAAAUUAGCAGUCCUUUCCCUUAUUGCUGCCCAUGGCCUGGCUGUUAGUCAGCACGCUGCCAAGCCAGUCCCGUCACAACUCUCUCUCUCCAACAGGUUCUCUCAGUUAUUUCUCCUUCAGUCAUUUUACCUUCCCCACAUGUUCCAGCUUUUAUCUGGGAUGUCCCCAAAAGCCAGAGGCCGCUCCAAAACAUUUAGAAUUGCUCUUCCGUAGCACACACUAGGUGCCAUGUUACUUCCACAGAGAUUGGCAAAAAACUUUUAAAGGCACAAUAAUGAAACAGGCACAGAAAUUUAUAUUGUCAAUUACUAAUUUUUCAGUUGAUGAAUAAAAUAAAUGUUGGGACCUAAAAUUUUCACUUGUGCUGACUUUUAGAGACUCUCCACUCUCUUGCCGUUAUGUUUUAUACAUCUUUUUAAGCCAGUUAAGUCUUUCAAUGAUGGUGACACCACAUUAACAAAGCAGCAUCUCUGGAAAGUGUCUGGGUUUUUAAAAAAGAAAUAGUGAGCAAGCAGAACUUUUCUCAGAUGGAGAAGGAAGAACAAGUUUUUACUUGCUGGAUUCUUUUCUUUCUCUCAUCUCUCCUCCACCCAGUCCCCCCAUGAACUUGUAUUUAUUAGGUUUACAUAUGUUUUCAACAAAUAUUUAGGAAGCAUCCAAAAAUAUUGUGUUUGCAGAUCAUAAACUUUUACUGUAAAAGAACCUUAAGGCCCAUGAUAAAAUUAUUCAGCAAUUUUUGCAUUAAUAAAAUGCCCUUGCAAAUUUUGUAUUGUGUACUUGAUAUCUUAUGGAGAAAACAUAAAUAUAAAAGAUUUUUUGGAUUUUUUUACAUCAGGAUCAGAUUCUGGUAUCUGAUCGUGCUCUGAUAACUUAGACAAAGUUAAUGAGCAUUCAGGUCUAUUUUCAUGUUUGUUGAGCUUUCCUAUUGGGAAAUCUAAAAUCAUUGUAGCCAAUUAUUUCAUUUUAUCAUCCAUUUAUCAUUCUAUUACACAAUGCUAUGGUCUACUCUUACGCUAUUUCAUAUAUAAUCACUGUAUGCUAAACAGGUUUAAAUUGUAGGAUUAUAAAAGUAUAGGGAUUGACAAACAUUUAGGAGUAAUGAGUGUGUAUUAGGUAAAGCAUGGCUGAAACGCAAGGCCUACAGGAUGAGACCUGAAAGUUUUUUAGCUUAGCCAAACUAGGCCAUAGGCUUAAGAAUGCUUGACAUGAGUGCGUGACCUAGGAAUAACCCGAUGCCCAUAAAGUCACAAAGUUAUUGCAUAAGAUGUGCCAAUAGGUGCUGUUACAGAAAAAUAGAUUGCAAUAGACUGCAAUGUAUUGUCCAAAACCGCAAGACACCUGAUUGUAACAUCUUUAAAUGUCUGUCUGACCACAGGGUACAUGUGCAUAAAUGCUAAUAAGAAUAAGAGGAACUAUGAACAACCUAUGAAAAAUGGGGCACCCCCAUGAGGUGUGGAAGUAUAAUUAAGGGAAAAUGGGCUGACACAAUUGUGCAUAUGCAUAAGGAGUUAGGUAUAGUUAGAAUUACAAUAUAUAAAGGAUUCGCCGAUUGGGUAAAAGCGGGAAUAGCCACAGGAAAAACCCCAGCAGGAACUAUCCCUCUACUGAUGAUGAUUUGUGAGAGGUCCAUCAGACCCUAGAAUAUCUUUGAGGAUGUGAGUAUGACUACACUGAUAAUUAUUACAUAGGUUUUUUAGGAUUUUUAUAUGCAUGGGUAAUUGUAACUUUACUUAUUGCUUAAUAAAAUUUGUAGUACAGAU